AGGCAGUGGGAGGGCCUACCACAGCUGCUCUCCCUUCCAAAGUACAAAAACCGCCUGUGAUACCGGCACAAAGGAGAAGGAGAGCUAGUCUGAGUGUGUUGCGUGUCGAGUGAAAGCUCAGGAGGCUGUUAGAGUGAAGAGAGACACACGGGGGAAAGAGAGAGAAGUCGACUUACUGAGUGACUGACAGAAACAGUAAGACGCUCACAUUAUGACACACUCAAAGCUCCAGAGCUCCUUUGAAUGAGCCUGCUGCUCUGUGGUUUGUGAGAGGGAGAAAGCCAACAACAACUUUGCCGCUUUUGGAACAAAAAAGGCCAAAGACACAGGACGCAGUUUUUGACAAACAGAAAGGAUUUUGCCAUGUGGACUUCACUCUAUGGGGCCUGAAUUUGGAUUUGCCAUCAUUUCUUUCGUGGACUCAGCGGCUCGUGGUAAUUGUGUGACUGAUCCAUCUGAAAUGUACAACAGUACCCUCCCUCCCUUCAACUUAACCCAGCGCUGGGCUGAAGACAGCACGGCAAACAGUUCUACCUGUGACAAGAACGAUGGAUUCAAAUACCCGUUGUACAGCGCCGUCUUCAGCAUCGUGUUUGUGGUGGGCCUGAUCACCAACGUUGUGGCCAUUUACAUAUUCACCUGCUCCCUGAAGCUGAGGAACGAGACCACGACCUACAUGAUGAACCUGGUCGUGUCUGACCUGCUGUUUGUCUUCACGCUACCUCUGAGGGUCUUCUACUUCAUCAACCAGAACUGGCCUUUCGGAGGCAUGCUCUGCAAGGUGUCCGUCUCCCUCUUCUACACCAACAUGUAUGGCAGCAUCCUCUUUCUCACCUGCAUCAGCGUGGAUCGCUUCCUCGCCAUCGUGCACCCGUUCCGCUCCAGGGCGCUUCGGACCAAGCGCAACGCCAAGAUAGUGUGCGUUGCCGUGUGGGUGCUGGUGCUGUCCGGGAGCCUCCCCACUGGGUUCAUGCUGCAGACCACCUCACCCCACUACAACAAGAGUAACGCCAUGUUCUGCUUUGAGAACUUCUCCUCCAAGCAGUGGAAAUCUCACCUGUCCAAAAUGGUGAUAUUCAUAGAGACGGUGGGCUUCGUCAUCCCCCUUCUGCUCAACGUGUUCUGCUCCAUCAUGGUGCUGCAGACUCUGCGCCAGCCCCACACCAUCAGUCACGGCGGGAAGCUGAACAAAACAAAGAUCCUGCGCAUGAUAAUUGUGCAUCUCUUUAUUUUUUGCUUCUGCUUCAUCCCCUACAAUGUGAACUUGGUUUUCUAUGCUUUGGUCCGCACUAAGAUUUUAAAAGGCUGCUUUGCGGAGUCGGUGGUCCGGACGAUCUACCCGAUAGCCCUCUGCAUCGCUGUGUCCAACUGCUGCUUUGAUCCCAUUAUUUACUAUUUCACCUCAGAAACCAUCCAGAACUCCAUGAAGAGAAAGUCUCAGGUCAACCGGUCGUACGAGGUCAAGUUCUCCGAGGCGCAGCAGUCAGAAACCACCACCAACCUGCAGAGCAGCCUGAGGAAUCUCAAAGCUAAAGUGUUCCACAAUGAGUCGUCGGUGUGAUGGCGCGGUUGCUACACACACCAUGAGAAGGUAUAACAUCCAUCCUUCCUUUGAGAAAUUAAGCUCCUUGAGAUGAUGGGAAGUUCAUUUGCUUUUGGUGUGCCUUAUGAAGCACCUGCCAAAGAGGUAUUAUCUUCAUCUCGGGGUCUUACUGCUACAUGCAUCUGUGGAUUGCUUAUCGCUCCACACUCAGUUUCCUUUCCUGUGGAGUAUUUUGUAAUUGUGUUCAGCCCAAUUACUCUGCAGGUGACUUUGUGGGUAAUGUGAUCUCUGAACAGAAGGACAGUUAUGAUGUUGAAUCCUACUUGUGCCUGUAUAUUUGUACAUGUAUGUGGUAAGUUGUGGUGCUAACUUUAGAUUAUCAUCUAUUAAAUUAACAAAGUUAUAAAAAGAUA